AGCUUUCACGGUGAAGGAAAAAUCCGACAGCGGACUGAAGCUUCGUACGGCGGAGGACAAGUUUAUCAACAAAAUCCGUCUUCAUCCUUUUUGUUUUCGCGAGUUAUGACUCCGGAAUUACGAGGGACAUAAACUGCGCAUUUCACACUAUCGGAUGAUAUAGAUAUUAUCGACCUUCGUUUCUCAGAAAGAUAGAAAAGGGAUGGUGAAAAUUGUAUUGUUGCAGAAGAACUGGGAUUCUGGGGGACGGGGGAGUGUGAAUUUGUGAGCGUUGUGAUUAAAACUGUUUAUGAAGGUGGGAUAUUUGUCGAAGUAACACGCAAAAGGGUCAGAAUCUAAACAUUUUUGUGGGAAAAGCAACGCAAAUUGUUAAGGUAGAAACGACGCAACAGACGUAAGGUUAGGUGACAAUAAGCGAAAUGGAGUUGAGAGUGGGGAACAGAUACAGACUGGGCAGAAAAAUCGGAAGUGGAUCUUUCGGAGACAUAUAUUUAGGCACGGAUAUUUCAGUUGGUGAGGAGGUUGCCAUUAAGUUGGAAUGUGUGAAGACCAAACACCCCCAGCUCCACAUCGAGAGCAAGAUCUACAAGAUGAUGCAAGGAGGAGUUGGCAUCCCAACAAUAAAGUGGUGUGGGGCAGAAGGUGACUACAAUGUGAUGGUGAUGGAGCUGCUGGGACCCAGCCUGGAGGAUCUCUUCAACUUUUGCUCCCGCAAAUUCAGCCUCAAGACAGUCCUGCUGCUCGCAGAUCAGAUGAUCAGUCGCAUUGAGUACAUUCACUCCAAGAACUUCAUCCACAGAGAUGUGAAGCCUGAUAACUUCCUGAUGGGACUGGGCAAAAAGGGCAACCUCGUCUACAUCAUCGACUUUGGAUUGGCCAAAAAAUAUCGUGACGCUCGCACGCACCAGCACAUCCCCUACCGCGAGAACAAGAACUUGACCGGCACAGCACGCUACGCCUCCAUCAACACACAUCUGGGGAUUGAGCAGUCCAGGCGUGAUGAUUUGGAGUCUCUGGGCUAUGUUCUCAUGUAUUUCAAUCUGGGCUCACUGCCGUGGCAAGGCCUCAAGGCUGCCACCAAGAGGCAAAAGUAUGAGCGCAUCAGUGAGAAGAAAAUGUCCACCCCAAUUGAGGUGCUUUGCAAGGGAUACCCCUCGGAGUUUGCCACCUACCUGAACUUCUGCCGCUCCCUCCGGUUUGAUGACAAGCCUGACUACUCGUACCUGCGACAGCUGUUCAGAAACUUAUUCCACAGACAGGGAUUCUCCUAUGACUACGUGUUUGACUGGAACAUGCUUAAGUUUGGUGCCAACCGUGCAGCAGAGGAAGCAGAGCGAGAGCGCAGAGACCGGGAGGACAGGUUGAGACACGGCAGGAACCCAGGGGCCAGAGGAAUACCUGCUGCAUCAGGACGACCACGAGGAGCACAGGAAGGAGCCCCGCCCACUCCUCUAACACCCACCUCACACACAGCCAACACGUCUCCACGACAAGUGUCCGGUAUGGAGCGCGAACGAAAGGUCAGCAUGCGACUGCACCGCGGAGCUCCUGUCAACGUCUCCUCCUCAGACCUAACAGGACGGCAGGACACUUCCCGCAUGUCCACCUCACAGAAUAGCAUUCCCUACGAGCAUCACGCCAAGUAGACGCUCGUCACGUCCUUGUGUGACGGUGGCAACAUCGGAUGGUGUCCGCUGUACCGUCUGCUGGUCUCCAUCUUCUAGCUCCUCGAUGAGCCCCCACAAUGCAACGUGGAGGACAAAGGCCUGAAGCAACCUGGCAUAUGAUACUACCACUAUGAAUAACUACAUCUCCGAUCUGGAGCCAGCUUCAGAGUGGGCAUACACUGCUCUCUGACUUCCUCCCCUCUGUUCUAUCUCUCCUUUACUCCUCCUUUUUCUGUGUUUCUGUCUGAACGGAUGUCGGACCUCGGAGCGGUUCUCUGUCCACUUUUCAGGACAUACUAGCACAACCCUCAACACGCUUUUUCCAGGAUAAACGCGGCGGCCUGAUAGUCUUUUGUAGGACACUAACAGACUGAUGAAACAACACAGACUCCCUGUCCUCUGGAAACUUUAUGAUCCAACAUUUCCAUCGUCGCUGUCAGCAACAGAACCCUUUUUUUUCCCAGUAAGGUGUAACCAGCAGCUUUUCAUUGUGUGUAUAUGUAUGGGUAGUUUUAGGGGGCGCGAUGCUUUUCAUUGGUAUCAUUUUCGCCUCCUACAAGUACCAGCAACGUUUUCUGUUUCUGUUUUUCCCAACACCGAUGGCUCUGGUCAGUAUCUCUAUAGCCAUUUGUAUUAAUGAAAAAGAAAGUACUCUAUGCAUGUUUAAGAGCCUUUAAAUUCAGGCGUGGAGGCUCGAGCCCAUCAACGUACCAAACAUGCUUUGGUAUCUCGGUGCAGGAGGUUGUGUAUUUACUCAUCAGUUGACAAGAUGUUCUGUCUGUUGGGCUCCAGAUGAGCUCUGGUGUUCUGUCUAAUGAGCCCCGCUCCCUUUUUUAGUGUUCGCUACAAAAGAAGUGCACUUCAUGAGGGGGCGAGGGCGUCAUCUGACCACAUGUCCAUUCAAUGUGUACAGAUAAACAUUCAAACUUUUCUUACUUGUAUUAUUUGGAAGCUGUGAAAUAACUUGUAAUAUUGAUGUGAAAAUGUUUUCUCAUAAGUUCUGUUUCUUUGUCCUGUAUGGAUGAGUUCGGAGCUCCUGCAGGUCUGUCUUUGUGUUCUCCCAUCAGUGUGCCCCUCCUCAGAGCUGUAGAGAUGUCACAGGAAGCAGAGAUGUUGAACUGAAUGUGAAAGAAAUUUUGUACAACAUGCUGUCUUGUCACAGCUCCUGCUUUACGUAUGGAAGGAUCCGUGAUCCUGUACCAACACAAAACUUUUUUUUUUUUUUAAAGAAAGUUGACUCUUGUCCCUCCUCGGGCUUUUCCAGCAGUGUCGUCUUUUUUUUUUUUUUUUAUAUAUAUAUAUAUCUGACUCAACCUGUCUGACACUAAUACUAACCCUGUACUCCUGUCAGAAUGUAACGGCCCUGUUGUAAUUCAUUUUUCACUGCUGCUCGUACUCUUCAUAGUUUUGAUUUUGACCCUGGACCUCUUUGGUCAGGCACUCUACACCUAUUGAAUUAUGUAAGCAACCAGAUCAGCAAGAUUUACUUUCUCACAUUUAUAUUUGCCACUGUAUUUGUGUACUUAAACUGUAAAUAAAUGAAUUACUUGUACCUUU